CCCGCGGAAACUCCGAGCCCUUCCGACUGAGCAUGCGCCAUUGCCAGGCAGCUUUUGGUCACAGGCUCCGGAGCCUCUCCUUAGCUGGGGCUGCAGAGCUAGGGGAGGAGGGAGGAGAGGAGUGGCGGAGGCUCGCGCGCCUGCGCAUCCCGCUCCAGGGACCCUAGGUUUUCUAUGGGAUUCCCAAUCUGCAGCAGAGAUUUACCCGAGCGUGUUGCGGCGGGGACUGGGCUUGCAAGGCGCGAUCCAGGAGGGAUUUAAGCAGCCCAGAGCUCCAGAGAAAAAGAGCGAGAGAGAAUCACACAGAGAGACGCCUUAACCGUUUACUCGAAUUAAAUACACAUUACAAAAGAAAGAACUCUUGAGUUUUACAUUGUCAUUAAGUGACCGUGCGCAGCGCUAUAACUGCAAAAUGGGGAAACAGAAUAGCAAACUGGCCCCCGAAGUGAUGGAGGACCUGGUGAAGAGCACAGAGUUUAACGAGCAUGAACUCAAGCAGUGGUACAAAGGAUUUCUCAAGGACUGUCCAAGUGGAAGGCUGAAUCUAGAGGAAUUUCAGCAGCUCUAUGUGAAGUUCUUCCCUUACGGAGACGCCUCCAAGUUUGCCCAGCACGCCUUCCGAACCUUCGACAAGAACGGGGACGGCACCAUCGACUUUCGAGAGUUUAUCUGCGCUCUGUCCAUCACCUCCAGGGGCAGCUUCGAGCAGAAACUGAACUGGGCCUUCAACAUGUACGACCUGGACGGCGACGGCAAGAUCACCCGAGUGGAGAUGCUGGAGAUUAUCGAGGCUAUCUACAAAAUGGUAGGCACUGUGAUCAUGAUGAAAAUGAACGAGGAUGGCCUCACGCCCGAGCAGCGAGUAGACAAGAUUUUCAGCAAGAUGGAUAAGAACAAAGACGACCAGAUUACACUGGAUGAAUUCAAAGAAGCUGCAAAGAGCGACCCCUCCAUUGUAUUACUUCUGCAGUGCGACAUUCAGAAAUGAGCUGAUGUCAAUGCUAUGGACUGCACAAAAGUCUCAAUGUUCCAUUCAGUCUGCAGCUACACACACACACACACACACACACAAAUAUUGCUUGGACUACCUAUAAAUGGACUUGCUUCUUGUGUUUGAAACACUUGUGUGCAUGAGAAUGUCAUUUGCUAAUGAAUUUUAAAAGCAUAUAUUAUAAAACAAAACAACCUGCCACAAUGUGACAUGUGUAAUAUCAUUUCAUAAAAAACCCUCCUCCUCCAAAGCCUGGGCAGAAAUGUGCUGCAAAGAGUUAUAUGAUUUACUGUUCAUGUUUUGCUAAUGCUUGUGUCUCCUUGAUUACAUAAUGUUGGUAGCACUGAGACCCCCCACGGUAAUGUAACUUAAUUAUAAGCUGUGUCACCACCCUCCUGUAAAAUAGUACUGGACAGACACAUAGAGAGGCCCUUGGCUCCUGUAACUGGUCCACAUACAAGAGCUUGUAUUAUCAGUGAAUAUAAAUGUACUAUAUUUGCAUGCCUUUUGGGUUUGCCUUAAUUCGUACCUCAUUUGCAUCCUAUCAAUCUGGAAAGAGCUGUUUUGGAUGAAUGCAGUAUAAAACUUAAGAACCCUGCUAAAUGACUCAUUAAUUAAGUAUAUUUAUCUGUCUAUAUAUAUACAUAUACACAAAGAUAUUAUUUAUUGAAAGUAUAAAAAAAUGGAAGUAUAUUGGUUUCUGCUUGAAUUUUCAAAGGCUUCCAAAGUAGUGGCAAUAAAUGUCCCAAAUAAAUUUAUAACAUUUGAUUUCCCCCUAAUUCUUAUUGCAUAACUUUAAAAUUGAAGCAGAUGUUUAUAAUAAUCAAGGUUCCACUAGCAACAAUUUACUAAGUUUACUCUUAACCACACAAUUUUGGAAUUUGAAGAACUAAUGACAAUAAAAAGGAAAAGGGCAACUUUUCAUCCAGAGGGACAAUUAAUAUGGCAUGUAAAGUUUAUAUAAAUCAGAAUAUCUGUUCAUUAUGAAAAAAUGUUCAUUAUAUGACAAUAAAUUUUAUCUCAGUGUGA